AUGCGUUUCUUCGCCCGCUCAUCCUCACUCGAAGAUCCAUCAUCCCCCACAUCUCCCCAAAACCCCUCACCAAAAACCGCCUCCGCAUCCGCAGCUUUAAAAUCCACCUACUCGUACAUCAAUCCCCUACCCCCAACCCCAACCCCACCAAGCAUCACACCCCCCAAACCAGCAUUGAGUAUCCUGCCUACUUACCCCAUCACCACAUCUACCUCGCGAGAGGCAUCGAGGACGUCGAGGAAUGAUGGGGAGGGGUCGUCGGUAUACGCACAGACACAAAGNCCUGCCUACUUACCCCAUCACCACAUCUACCUCGCGAGAGGCAUCGAGGACGUCGAGGAAUGAUGGGGAGGGGUCGUCGGUAUACGCACAGACACAAAGUCUUGCCAGCUCAGUAUACGUACAAAGCCCACAUACGUCUGAGAAAUCGCGUAGGCUACUUGAGGUAUAUGAUCCGAAGGUUGCGGGGACGGGUGAGGUAUUGGCUGGGAAGGAGAUGGUGAUGAAGAGGGUGGUGGAGGAUGUUUUGUGGUGUGCUGUGAGGGUGCAGAGGCAUGAGUGGGUUUUGGGGGCGGGGAGUGAGAUGUUUGGGGAGUGUGAGUUUUUCUUUUCUUGUUUUCUUUUUCUUGUUUACCUUUACUUUUGGAUUUGCGUUUGGGGAGGGGAGGGGAUGCUGAGGGUUGUGUUUAGUGAAGACGGUGGAGAGGUGGGAUGUCAUACAUACGGAUAUUCAACGCUAUGGUUUGUCUCGACCCAUUCCAUUGGAUUUGAUAGAGAGCUGCUGCUGAUGAAAAGACUACAGUCCAAGCACUGGCGACUUACGAACACCUCUCUUCUCAAGACCCCAAGACUCAACUCCUAGAUCUCUGCUCCCUCACAACAUGGAGACAAAUCCAUCGUCUCGGCCGCACCCUCGCAACCCUCGAAUGCGCACACCACCACCUCUCAAAACCAUACAAUGAAUCAUACAACGAGUCCCUCGAGCCCAUCAUCCAAGAACUCACCCAUUCCCUAAGCACCUCCAUAACCACCCUCUGCAAUAGCACCAUCAACAGCAACAGUAACAGCAAAACCAAAACCCUCCCCUUCCCCAUCCAAGUAAGGAAAUCCUCACAGUCCUCACAAACACGCAGCACGAGAAUCGUUCCUAGAUCCACCAUCGCCACGCUUGCGGGAUGUGCAUUGAUAGUCCCGGUGCUGUUGAUAGUACUCGGUUCUGAAAUGGUUUGUGGACUCUUUACGACUAGUUCUUUUGCCUUGGCUGUGGGAUUGGUGUUAGCUUGUCGGUUGAGGGAGGGAGAGAGAGAGGAUGUUGGGAGGGUUGUGGUGGUUUAUUUGGGGGUUUGGAUGGUGCUUCAGGCUUUUGAGUAUGGGGCUGGUGUUUCUGUUUCUGCUUGAGAUGGUGUAGCUGUAGUAGAGGUUGGAUAAUUGGAUGGUGGUAUGGUGGAUGGUUUAUCCCUUGCUUCCGAGGUUCUCUGAAGCGAAUCGAUUGAGAGAAGCUUUUCUUGGAUUUUGGAAGCCUUCUGGGAUUGAGCUAGGAAUAGUAUACGGAGGUAGCCGCCAAUAAGUCAAUUCUUCUA